AUGAAGUGCAUCCUGGUUGCCAGUGAGGGUGCUGAGGUUCUGUUCUAUUGGGCUGACCCGGAUUUCCUGGCAAGCUUGCACCAACGCUUUGGGGUCCAUGAUCAAAAUGGUGAUGAGCCUCCUGCUUUAGAGGACAGUAUCAACACACUCUUCGCUCCCGUGAUCAUCUCCUGCAUGACGCUGCUUGAGAAAUUGGGGGACACAUAUACUUGCUUCUCUGCGGAAAAUGGCAGACAUCUCUACGUAUUGCAUAUGUUUGGCGAGUGCCUGUACAUUGCAGUGAAUGGCGAUGGGUCCGAGAGUGAAGAUGACUUGCGCCGAAAGCUCUAUGUGCUCCGAAGAUUGACGGAGGCCCACUUUGGCCUGGUCACGCUGGACAGCCACCUCAUCCGCAGGGAGCUGCGGCCGGUGGAUUCUGAGCAGCGCGCCCAUGUCUGGAGACUCUUUCAGAGCAUGCUGGAGACCUAUAGCCAGCUAUGCCAGGAGGAUCAAAGCUUUCUUGUGGAGGCUGUGGAGCGACUGAUCCAUCCACAGCUGUGUGAACAGUGCAUAGAGUUCUUGGAGCGCCAAGUUGUGCAGCACAUCAAUGGCAACCCAGAACGUGCUGGACAUGAAGUGGUGCAUGCCUUCCUGCUGGUGCACACCAAGCUGCUGGCCUUUUACUCCAGCCGGAAUGCCAGCUCACUGCGGCCUGCUGACUUGCUCACCCUUCUCCUGAUAGUGCAGGAUCUGUACCCCAGCAACACUUCUGAAGAGCAAAAUGGCCUCCAGCUUUCAGGGGAUAAGCACAGUCCUCAGCGGCUUCAUAGCAGCGAGAGUAUCCCAAUGAAGAGCUCUUGUUCCAGUGAAGCGUCUCAAGAGCAGGUAACAGACGACAUCUCUGUGCCCGAGGAGUUCUACACACCCAAGGCUUCCCCUAGCCAACAGAGUACCGGGAGUGCUGCGUGGUCUGAGGGUGUGGAUUCGCAGGGCGAGGGAGAGGUGAAUUCUGCUGACAUUCAGAUAGCUGAGGACUCACUGCAAGCUCUGGUGCCCCCAACAUCUGAGGCCACCAAUCCACGGAGAAUUUUUCUGGAUGCUAACUUGAAGGAGGGGUAUUGUCCCAUGAUGCCCCACACCAUGCAUUGUCUGCCCCUCUGGCCAGGGAUCUCGCUGGUGCUCCUCACUAAGGGCUCCAGUUCCCAUGUGGCCCUUUCCCUUUAUCAGCUGCUGGAUGGAUUCCUGGUGGUGGAGAAGAAACUGAGAGAGGGGCAGGAGAUUGGUCAGCCCCUCCGUUCUUACCCAUUCUUGCUGGAGCUCCGACAUCGAAUGGACAAGUUUGUCAAGAAACUGGGUGGGCAAGAGCCACAGCUGCAGAAUGCCUGGCUGGAAUUUAAGAACAAGAUUUUUUCUCGAAGCGAGGCUUUGAAUUCCUGGGAGAUUCUGCAGGCAUUUUGCAGCAUCAGACGGCAGCUCUGUGCGGUGUACCGGCUUCUCUUUCUUGGAUCGUCGGGGGCCCAAGGCCUGCCUCAAAACAUGCUGGACCGAGCACAGCAGUUCACACAGGAUAAGCUCCGGGACUGGAGGGACUUCCUGCUGGUGAAGAGCAAGCGUAACGUCACAGUGGUGUCAUACCUGGAAGAUUUCCCAGGUCUUGUGCACUUCAUCUACGUGGACCGGACAGCAGGACAGAUGGUGGCACCAUCACUUAACCUGGCUGAGGACUCUGCUGUUGAGCUAGGCAAGGGGCCUUUGCCUGCCUUUAUUAAGGGGAAGGUGUGGUCACUGGUGGCAUUGGCUCGAAGCUACUUACAGAAGGGCUACACCAUGAUGACACUGCGUGAUGGAGAUUACUACUGCACCUACUUCCUUUGGUUCGAGAAUGAGCUGGGCUGCAAGUUGGAGGUUCCUGAAGUGCCGGUGCUUUCUGACGAUUCAGCCCCCAUUGGGACACUGGCAGGUGAUUACUACAGGAAGCUGCUCCGUUACUACAGCAAGAGUCACACGGGCGAAGUGAUUAAGUGCUAUGAGCUGUUGACCGUCCACCUGGGCGUCAUGCCCACCGAGCUGGUGAUCCAGCAGGGCAGUGACUUAGCACGGCAACUCUGGGAGCCAACCCGCAUCCCCCUUCUUUAGGGGAUUUGGUUGCUGCUUCCCUGUG